AUGGGCAUCAUCGUGCAGCUGCACUACUUCUUCCGGUACCUGCUUAGCCGCCUCCGGGCGUUGAGUCUCGUGAAGGUUGAGUGCGAGGUCCGCGUGACGCUUGUGGACACAACAAGCAAAAAAGAAUUGACCGCCGGCCUGGUCAUCCACGUCAGUCAGGCUGCCCUCGAGCGGGCCCUAUCCAUGAAGAGGUCGACGCUCGUCCGAUGCACCAUGGCUAACGAGCUCCUCCGCCGCCGGGACCAGACGGGUUGCGACACCACGCUACAGCGGCGUCACAGCCUACGACACCACGACGAUCACCUGCAUCCCUCGUUUCAAGAGCAUGCAGGCCUAUUGAUUGGACCAGAUGGCAGCGUCACCCCGGGCGGCACGGACAUGACUCCAUCAACAAGAAUUUCUACCAAAGCCGAAAGAGGCGGUGAGGCGGCAGCUUUAAUUCGCACGGGCCCACAACACUACCCGUCGACAGGUGCUAAAUCUGCAAGUGCGGCACACCACGACUCUGUUUCUGCAUCCGCCAACAACAACAUCAACAACACUCCAUCCGACGGUGACGGUGACGGCACCACACUCUCUCCUCGCGGCAGGAACACGCAUCAACGACGACCGAGUUCGCCUCAGUCACAAUUUUCACCCACCAGCGAGGCCGAGCAGAACAGCCUCGAUGCACGCCUUCGACGUCGCUCCUUGUCCCAGUCGAGCGUGCAAUGGGUCCCGCCACCUGAUGGAGCCGGUCUGAAGUUUGUCCAUCCGCGCGCAAAACCCUCGGACGGCGACACCUUUUCUCCGAGUUCGGACCGCACUCUUUUUGAGGAGCCUGAACACCUUUCACUGGACCGGCCAUCAUCCACACCAGGUUCUCCAGACUACUUUUCUUUCGAGAAUGACCCCUCCACCAGGAAUGAGAUCAUGCCUGCGCCUGCGCCUCGGCGCAUACGACACUCGCGGGCACCAUCCACAGAGCCCAACCUGUACAAGGCCAAGAGAGCUUCACUGCCCCUCGGCGCGAGGACAAAGACCAACGAAGGCCUGUUGCAACUCCAAGCCAACCCCGCCAAACCAGAACGCACUCCCAAACACGAACGGAGAAUAUCUGUCGGCAUUCCACUGAAGCCAGCCGUCGCAAAUGAAGGCCUUCAGCGAUCCAAAUUUGGAUCUUUAAUGGACACUCCCCCACAAACACCAAAGACCCCGCGGACUCCCCGUCAGCGUGCUCCAGAAAAGUCCGGCCCGGCAGCAACACUGCGCCAGAAGGAGCGGGACUUGGAGUACAAGCACCGCCACACAUUCAUUGGAACCGCUUCCCUAGAUGAUUUCCUUGAAGUUCUUGAAGUCUCGCAUGAGCACACCACCACCAAAGCCGCCGUUGGAAAGGCAUUCCUGAUCCUAGCAUCCAGCGAGCGUCUACUAGCCCGACAAGCGUCAUCCACCGCCAGCGGCUGGGACCUCGUUUCUCGCACCAUCCCGGACGUAGUCAACACCGACUACGUCAUUCAAGCGCACGUCAAGCUUGGCUCGGUCACACUAUGGCAAUUCUUGGAAUUAAUACCCUUCGACGACCAGGAAGAAGCUGGCGCCAUGAGCGUUGUUGAAGCAUACUCGGCCGCCAGCCACAUGGAUUCCAAAGCCGGCGUAGGCGCAACCAGCAAAGCCAAGGCUUUUCGUUCCUGGAUGGUGAACCAAGACGGCAAGGACUCAUGA